AAGAGCGAGCCAACUUCUUAGUUAACGCCGCUGAUUCGCGCGCCCGCCCGCACACACAGACAGACGCACAGGCAGACACACACACGGACGCAAAGCUCUCCGUUUCUUGAACUCCCUUCGACGAGUCCUGAUGUUCCGGCGGCAUUUUUCCACGGCGAGGGCGCCCGGCUCUCCAGCCUUCCUGCUGCUCUGCGCGAUGCUCGCUCGGCUUCUCUCCGACUCAGGUAGCUCUGCAGUACAGACGGCUGUAAACAUUACUUGGUCAUCAGUCAACUUUAAGACUCUGCUCCAAUGGGAUCCAAAGCCAGUUGGCUAUGUUUAUACCGUUGAAAUGGACGGGGAUCUCUUAAGACGAGAAAAAGUAUGCAUUCAUACUGAUAAAACUGAAUGUGACGUUACUAAUGUGAUACUACAGAAUGUAAAAGAUACUUACACAGCACGCAUAUAUUCUGAAAUACCAUAUGAUGACGAUAAUUUUGAGACACCUCAAUAUGAAGUUUCUUCAGCGUUUGUACCUUACAUACAAACUGAGCUUGGAACGCCAACGGUAACACAUUUUGAACAAAAAGACGCAACUCUGAAAGUGGAAGUAGCUGAUCCACUAACACCAUACAGAGUUAAUGGUACCUUGCAAACUAUCAGGGACAUAUUCAAAAAUGAUCUUGAAUACAUGAUAUACUACUGGAAGGAUCAGAGCACGGGCAAGAAAUCGGCAAAGACAAAAACCAAUCAGUUUGAAAUUGAGGUUGAUAAAGAAAACAGCUACUGUUUCUAUGUCCAAGCUAAUAUUCCAAGCCGCUUAAAUAACCAGAAAAAUCAAAAAAGCAGUAUAAAAUGUACCAGUGUUCACAGGGAAGACUUGGAUGCUCUUGAUUUGAACAAAAUCCUCAUCAUAGUGGGGGCUGCUGUUGGACUCCUCAUUCUGAUUAUCAUUUUAUCCGUGGUGAUAUGCAAAUGUAAAAAAGCAAGGAGCAGAUCCUCAGAAAAAGAAAAUAUGCCACCAUAUUUGUAAGGAGUUAAAAACUCAACCCUGACUCAUCACAGGCUUGAUAUGCAUUAAUGUUGCAUGGAUGCCAUGGGAAAAAAAAGUCCUCUCUGGAAGCAAUAAUAACUGACUCUUCGUUGUACCUUUGGCUUAUGGUUUCUGUGAAACAUCUGAUUUUAAAACACUAUGUUAAACUCCUGUUUUAACUUCACUGUUAAAAUGACGAGAUCUGUUUGAAAUAUAUUAACUGACAUAUAUGGUGAAAUGUUACUGUUUUUACUGCACUUUUGGUUGGCAUCUUUUUAUAUUGGGUGUUCUGGGUACAUCAAGUGGUGAUAAAACUAUACAAAAGGGUUUUUAGCAGUCUGAUUUUGCAUAAAAGGUAUGGUACAAAUUGCCCUUAAACAUUAGAAUUUGUUACAAGUAAAUAACUCAAAAAAGGGAAAGAUUCCCUUGACCUGAAUUGACAAUUGACCGUGGAAGUGGUUCAGAAAUGCCAUUUUUGGGCAGAUAUCUGGCAACAACUCUCACAUAGAUUAUUCCGUUUUAAUCAAAACUGCCAACUAUUUCAGCUGGUAACGUGUUGUUGGUUGCCAUUGCCAGAACUUAGCACUUUAAAUAUAUAUUGGUGAUUAACUGCUGGAUAGAAAGAAACCUAACUUUUUAAUAAUUCUGUAAAGUUGUACAUACCCUUGGUGUGAAUUGAGGGUCUUCCUGGUACUAUAAUAACUUAACAUAUUUAUGAUUUUUAUGAAUGGAAGUAUAUUUGUAUAUAUUGCAUUAAUUUAUUUAAUAUAAU